AUGGCAGCUUUGAUUGCUCUUUCCACAGCCCCAACUGCUCUUUCUUUUACUGUCAAGGAAUUGCUGCUGCGCUCUUAUGAAAAGAAGCAGCAGUUGCUGCUGCAGGAGCAGCAGACUGCUGCGGACGACGACAGCGGACGCUUGCUGCCGCUGCUGCAGCAGCAGCAGCAGCGGCAAGCACAGCAGCAGGAGCAGCAAGAAGAACAGCUGCUGCACCAGCAAAGCGGCAGAACUGGAGGCCCCAACCAGCAGCAGCGGCAGCAGCAGCAAGCACAGCAGAGCGCCCGCAGCAGCAGCAGCAGCAGCAGCACUGCAGCAGCAGGAAACAGAAGCAGCUUAGCGCUGCUGCUGGUCUGUUGGGGUGUAACAGUCAGCUCUCUCUUUUGGUGCAUCAUUUUGGCUCCCGUGAAUGCAUUCAUUGUGAAGUCCCUCUGCCAGCACGCGCCCCUCGCCUACGGCGUCUACGCCCUCAUCAACUUGCUUUUCAAUUUCGCCGCGCUUACACUGGUUGCUACUGGCUCCGCCCUGCUGAGCUUUUUGGCCAUGAAGGCAAUUUUGCCUUUUGCUGUUUUGCUUUACGCGCUGCUGCCGCUCCCGCUGCUGCCAGCAGCAGAUGCUGCUGUGUCUGCUGCAGUCCUGGUUUCUCUUUCUUUAAUUCUUUCGGGAGUCGUUUUGUUCCACCUGGAAAGCGUGAGGUGUAUGAACACCUACGCCGGCGGCAACCCGCCCUGCUGCUGGCCGCUGCGGGGCUGCCGAUUCUUGAAUUAA